AUGCGUUUUACUACCCUCGCUUUCCUCCUCAUCACCGCCGGUGGUCUCACUAACGCCGCACCUCUCGAAUCCCGCCAGGACAACUGUCCAGUCACUACUACUGGCGAUUGGACUUGGAAGAUCACCAAGUUCACUGGGCGUCGCCCCGAGGGGAACUACUACAGCGUGCUCUCCUUCCAUAUCACGGCCACUAACGAGGGCGGUUGGCUUGACUUCAAUUGCUCGGCCAGUGCCGCUUGGCUUCAAGACGACGUGUUCUUGACAUGUGGUCCUAACAGCGGUAUAAGCUUUGCGUUCCAGAGCCGAUAUAACGGUCUAAUCGUGAGGCACGGAAACACCCUCAAUCCUAAGAUCGGUACCGCUACUAUUCCGACUGUUUGUCGCGCUAGUGGGGACGGCCCUAAUGAUCAGGUCUGUGAAGGUGUCGCGGACAGAUAUGUCUCGCUCGUCGACCUUCCCAACCUUUGA